GAUAUAAAAGAAAAACAACAACUCAAUAAUAGUCACAUAGGUGGAUUUAAAGUUAAUUCAUUUAAUAAACUGCAAGAUGAGGAUGGUCUAUUUUGCCUCGAUUCUCUUGCUGUUUAACAUGGCGAAUGGUUUACCACAGCAAGAUGAACAUCUUCAUUUAUACGAACCGGCUCGCCUACUGGAUGGACACAGAAAGCCAUACAAUGUAAAAACCAAAAAAGUAACUAAAAGUGGUGUAACUCUCCGAAGUAAUUUCUUUGAAACUAUGGAGACAUAUCUGAAUUUUAUGAAUUAUGGUGCUGCAAUAUAUACUAAAAGUUGGCGAACGACGCAACCACCGAUGACGCCACCGACUCCUAGGAGAGUGACGGACUCAGACAAAGCUUUUGCAUUCCAUGUUUUAAACGUGCCGGUUAACCUAGAUUGGCGAAGUGUAUUGAAUCCAACGAUUCCAACGACUCCAACGACUACAACGACUACAACUCCAGCUGUCAACUACCAACCGGAUACAAGGGAGUUUAUAGCCGAUUAUGAUGACGUUUAGACUGUAAUCGACGCACUUCAAUAAUAAUAACGUCUCUGCCGCGUUAUAACGUAUUGUUGAUUGAUAUAUUGGCCCAUAUCGUCGGUAUACUGCGAAAACCAGUUAAAUGUCGAAAUACCGAAAUCGAGAAAACAUGUUUUUAAAGUUUAUAGCCCAAUAAAAUAAAACCAAAAUGUAAUUCUGUGCAGGUUGGAAUAAAUUUUUUAUUAAAGUUUAGGACAAAACAAAAGAUAUCUUCAAGAAAUUAUAUGAUUCAUAUGAGGGGAUUGUUUAUAUAAUUA